AUGGACCGAACCACCACUGAUCGUACCAUACCUCCAGUAUCUACACUCGACUCAUGGCUUGAGGCAGUCGACAGGUCGUUGGCUGCAGAGCCAUUGUCGUACAACAAAGUUGACGACAACCUUGGCACGAGUCAAGAUCUGAAUUAUCUCCCUGUCGGUGUAGGGCUUCUCGUUUCGUUCAUGAAAUUGUCAGAUGUCGUGAACGUGUUAGGGACACGGCUAGCAAAUUAUAAGAAACCACCAGCAGUAUUCUGGCUUUUCGCUGCAAAGGAACCCAGCAUAGAUUCUUACUCAGAAUGGGCUAGGGAACUUCGAAAGCUGUACGGGCAGGAAAGAUAUACACCCCAGGUGUGGAUACAGGUAGGCGGUGGUGCGAUGGUGGCCAAGGAACUGGCACUCUCUGACGUUAGGCCAGACGCCCUCGCUAUACAAGGCAGCGAUGGUGGAGGUCAUGGCAUCGAACGCGGAGCGAGCUUGAUUGGCCAAUUACCUGAAGUUAACGAUGUCCUAAACAAAGCUCUGUCAGAGGCAGGAGAUGGCCGCAAGAUACCUCAUCUGUUAGCAAGUGGUGGAAUUGUAGAUGCUCGGGGAGCACUUGCGGCACUUACACUAGGUGCGCAAGGUGUCGUAAUGGGCACGAGAUUUCUGGCCAGUCCAGAAACCAUUGUGCCGCACCCAGAGUAUCAACGAAGAAUUCUAGAUGCUCGAGAUGGGUCGCAGAGCACUAUCCGUGCCAAAGUAUUCGACGAGCUCAGAGGACCAAAUGCGUGGCCUGUGGAGUACGACGGUCGUGCCCUCGUCAGUAAUAGCUGGCGUGACUUGCACGAAAAAGGCGUCCCUAUCGAAACUAUAAGAGACGGCCAUCGUGAAGCUGUUGCCCACGAAGACGGCGGGUACGGCAUCAACUCCGACAGAGCUGUUAUAUGGGCUGGCACUGGUGUAGGUCUGGUGAACGAAAUGAAGAAAGCUGGCGAUGUGGUGCGAGAGACAAGGCAGGGUAUACGUGCUUUAGUCGCAGAUUUGCAUAGGACACUUGAUACUGGAAGAAGCAGGUUGUAA